AUGCUAGGCUCAGACGAAGUAGUCAAGCACAUCGUUGCCCACGAUGUUCCUCGUACAUCCUUUCAGCUCCCCUGCUGCCGCCGUGGAGAUCUUGACGUUGAGGUCAAAACUCAUUUCCACUACACCUCUGUAGGGGUGAAACGAACCUUUGCCACCGUUGAAAGGUUCUCCAUGGAGGCGGAUGAUGGUCAUGACCAUGACCAUCGCAAGGGCAUGGGUGACGUAAAGCUAGAAUUGGAGCACCAGGAACCCCCAGCCAAAAAAUCCCGGGUGGAAGGGACGGGAGCCACAGAGACAAGCUCCCUCCCAGCUCCCUCAGGUGCCGGAGCGGUCAGCUCUGCUUCCCCAGCUGCGUCAGACGCACAAAGCUCCUCGCCUACUUCCCCACCUGCAUCGGAUGCACGGAGCCCCUCCCCUGCAGCAUGCACUUCAACUGAUGAGGUGGCAACCCCUGUGAAGGCCACCCCCUUCACAGCUCCCUCGCCCGGGUUCGUCAGAUCACCAACGCCCAUGCCAGGUCUCCCGCCCACGCAGCCCUGUACCCCUGUAGCGUACGAGGAUUUUUUUAUCUUUGACCAGCUGGAGCAGCGCUUUCAAACCCGUAGGCUGCCCAAGCCAAAGGCCAGGUCUGAGUCAGCGGCCCCGCCUCUUGUAAAGCGCGAACAAACCCCACCAUCUCCGAGCCCGCGAGCAUAG